AUGAAUUUGAUCCGACGAUGCCUAGUCCUUCCACAAGUGUUGGUAGCCUUUGUCAUGACUGUGUACCUUUCAGGUGUUUGGUGGGUGAACACUCAUCUGAUUACUUCCCAUGUCCCUGUCACUGCCGUUACUACUACCAUGACAAGUAAAAGUACUCAAGUCCGCCUUUUGCCCACAAGAUCAACACACGAAGAUGAUACGAAUCAUGCCAACAUUCCCCCGUUAGAUGCUGACUUUCCCUUGGAACCAAUUCCCCGUCCUCCCUUGGACUCAAUCGUCCAGGGUUGGAACAUUACAGGGGACGCUUCGUGGCUGUUGAAUGUGGCCAUUAUUGGGUUCCCCAAAACAGGCACUUCCACGCUGAUGCGGUAUCUGCACAAGAGUCCCCAAGUGCAUGUCUUUGACGAAGAACGCUGUGAAAUGGGGUACAAUCAACAUGCACGUCUCAUGGAGAGUUUGUACAAGGAUAUCCCUCCAGGGCAUACACUACGAGGGAUCAAGUGUCCACGAGAUUUGGAAUCCAAUUUGGCACUCCACAAUUAUCAAACCUAUUUUCCCAAGACCGACUUUUUGGUAGGUCUACGGCAUCCCGUACUCUGGUUUGAAUCCUUUUACAAUUUCAGAGUCAACAAUUACUUUUCCAUGCCACCGGCGGAAACCCUGACAGGACGGUGCGCCCGACGACAUCAAGGAUUGUGUACCUUUCGAGGCAAUUUUCACUUGUUUCUCGCCAAUCUGGGAAAAACCAAUAUACUCUCCAAUCCAGCAGAGAAGGCACUGAUUCCACCCGAAUAUCACAAAAUGAUUCAACCCAUUCCCUUGCAAGGACGCAUCUUUUUGUGGGAUGUUUCACAACUCCAAACCGAUCAAGAGUUGCUCCAAAACAACAACCAUUCAUCCUUAUUAUUACAGCAACAACCACAACUAAGACACAGCAAUGUCCAAUUCCGACACGACUUGCAACAAUUUCUGCGAUUGGACGAUCCCCUUCCCGAAAUGAUCAAAAUCAAACCGGGAUUUCAUCAUCGCAACAAUCAAACGGCUGCCCAGCAAGUGGCAGCACAAAAGAUUGAUAUUUGCCAACCACAAUAUCAAUCCAUUCGCCAGAUACUCGUGAGACAGGGCAAACUGGCAGCUACAUGGAUUCGAGAGUACUUUUUGGAGGCACCAGGAGUGUACGUGUCACAAAAAGAGUACUUUUGCCAAGUCAUUUUGAAACAAUGGGAACAGGAUCCCUGUGAAUUCCGGACUGUCUAA